AUGGAUCCCUCCAGCGACCCACCCUCACCCCUUCGGCACAUUCCCCUAUGUUACGGCAACGCCGACUCUGAAGCCUCCGCCCUACGCCUCGUUCUCGCCCUGGAGCCGAGUUGGACGCAACAUCAAGACUGUAUCGAGUUCAUUAAGUUCACUGAUGGCAUCACGAAUACUCUCCUAAAAGCGGUGAACAAGCGGGCGGGACAGUCGCAGGAAUGUAUUGACCAAGAGGCCAUCAUGUUGCGAGCAUACGGUGAAGGGACGGCGGUGCUCAUUGACCGAGAGAGAGAACGACUCUCCCACUCGCUUCUAGCCAGCCACGGUCUCGCACCUCCCCUUCUUGCAUCAUUCCACAACGGCCUACUCUAUAAAUUUAUCCCAGGCGAGGUUUGUUCGCCCUCGGACUUGCGCCGUCCUGAGAUCUGGCGAGGUGUAGCCCGUCGGCUUGCAGAAUGGCAUGCUACUUUACCAAUCUCGAGCAUCAGCUCUGAGCCGGCUGUCGAGGCCCAGAAUGGCAUUGCCAAUGGCCACCGAAGGAGUGACAGUCCUGUUCCAAUGGCUCAACAGAAGCGAGGCCCGGGGACAUCUGACCGAACCCAAACUGAGGAAGUGAGUGCUCGCAAAAUCUUGCCGAACCUCUGGACGGUGAUGCAGAGAUGGAUCUCCGCUCUUCCAGCCGGCUCAGAAGCAGAGCGAAAGCGACAAGCGAUGUUGCGGACCGAACUCACAUGGCUCGCUCGGAGGCUAGCCGACACGCCAGGCAUUGGGGGCAAACCGCUCGUAUUCGCCCACUGUGACCUCCUGAGCGGCAAUGUCAUCAUCGAGCCAACUACCUCCCCCGAAAGCUCUAGUGCCAGCCUAUCCAGCCAGCAGACCAACGGCUCCGACGACGCACCAACCCCCGUUUCUUUCAUCGACUACGAAUAUGCCACCCCGGCGCCCGCAGCUUUCGACCUCGCGAACCACUUCGCAGAAUGGGGCGGCUUCGAUUGCGACUUCUCCGUCUUGCCGACCCGAAGCCAGCGCCGGGAUUUCUUGCAGGCGUACCUUGUGUCCUUCAACCAGCACCUGGACCGACCUUACCGCGAAGAGGAGCUUGAACAGCUCUUCCAGGACGUCGACGCCUUUAGAGGCGUCCCUGGCUUCUACUGGGGUAUCUGGGCUUUGAUCCAAGCCACGAUCAGCCACAUCGAUUUCGACUACGCUUCUUACGCUGAAGUCAGGCUGGGGGAGUACUGGGCCUGGAAAGAGAGUCUCGAGAAAAGAGCGGUCAACGGGAAGGAGAAGCCGUUGAGGGAGCGGCGCUGGGCGGAGGAGUAG